AAAAGACGAUCGAGUGUCUAGUCGGACAGUCAGUCGGUUGUAUUCGUGAUUCUACUCCGUACGGGUCAGACGUGUGUUUAUUUCGUUCUCUCCGCGCCGUGAGUUUUGACUGCUGUGUGAAAAAGUGUUUUGGUUGAGUCUGGUACUAGCUACAGCUCUGAAGUUUUUUGACUGCGAAAAGAUGACAAUCACCGCAAAACGCGAAUAGCGGGUUCCAAACAGCGACGUGAUUGAUAUUGAGUGCAGUGCGUGGGUGGAUUUAGCGAAAAAUAAUUUUAUCGCUUCCUCCGGAAACGAAUAGUGAAGCCAUUUUUUGAGUCCCAGUGGCACGUCUCGUUUCUACAUUGCAUUGCAUCCGGGAGUGGUGGAAAAGCCCUUGAGAAGUCGAUUCUUGUGUGUUCUUCGUGUGCUACAAGCUAUAGCUAGUGAAUGAAAUUAGCUUCGCUAUAUGAAAGUUGAUGUGCAGUGAAUUAUAAUAACCAACUCAAGGCGCUCUCCUGUGGAAGAAAUUGAGUGAGCAAGGGAAGAAGCAAAUUGCUCCUAAAAAUGCUAAUAAUAUGGAAGUGAAGUAGAAACCAAAAGGGGAAGCUGCAAAAGUCCGGUUUUCAUUCGAUUCUUUGCCGUUCCGCAGUAGGCUGCUGAGGGCGGCGGCGCUAUCGAUCAUAAUAAAUCGCAGCAAGCCACCGCAGAGCGUAUCAUCAAGGUGCUACCUAUACCAGAGCCUACUAUACUGUACCAGCGAACCCAAAAGGAUCCCUUCCAGGAGGAAUAAAAAGAUAACCACCCAAACGCCCGAAAAUGUCCGACCCGGACACCCUCUGGCUAGAGGAACUGCUGGUGGACGUUCAGUUGGAGCAGUUCCUCCCCCGGUUACGAGAUGACCUGCAGAUCACACGGUUGGCACACUUCGAUUACGUCCACGUGGAUGAUCUGGAGAAGAUCGGCUUGGGGAAGCCGGGCAUCCGGCGAUUAAUGGAAGCGGUGAAGAAAAAGAAAGCACAACAAUGGCGACGGAAUAUUCUUUCGAAGUUAAUCGGGGGUGGGAAACAGCAGCCACAGAAAAAGGUGGCCACGGCGAGGGAGGCGGAGGAACCAUCGGCUCUGGCGUUGACUUGCUUGAUACACGAGAAGGAUGUGACCAUGUCGAUCAAGUUGGGCGAUGGGUCGUUUGGGGUGGUGCGACGAGGCGAGUGGAAUGCUCCCGGUGGACAGAUUGUUCCGGUGGCAGUGAAGAUCUUGAAAGCCGACACCCUGGCGCAACCUGGGGUGAUAGAGGAUUUCUUCAAGGAAGUUCAAGCGAUGCACACGCUGAACCAUCCGAACCUGGUGAGGUUGCACGGUGUGGUUCUGUCUCAGCCGAUGAUGAUGGUCACGGAACUGGCCGCCAACGGCUCCCUGUUGGAUACACUGCGGAAGCAGUGUAAAAACACAUCGCUGACGACCAUUUGGAACUGGUCCGUCCAGGUCGCCACCGGAAUGGCGUACUUGGAGAGUAAACGGUUCUUGCACAGGGAUUUGGCCUGUCGGAAUGUUCUACUGGCUUCCGGAAAUAAGAUAAAAAUCGGAGAUUUCGGUUUGAUGCGAGCGCUGCCCCAGCAAGAGGAUUGCUACGUGAUGACCGAGCAUAAGAAAGUUCCUUUUCCGUGGUGCGCUCCGGAGUCGCUGCGAUAUCGACAGUUCAGCCAUGCGUCCGAUACGUGGAUGUUCGCGGUGACAUUGUGGGAGAUGUUCACCUUCGGUGAGGAUCCAUGGGUGGGGCUGAAUGGAUCGCAGAUUCUGCGGAAGAUUGAUCGAGAAGGUGAACGGUUGCACCAUCCGGAUGCGUGCCCUCCGGAUGUGUACCAGUUGAUGCUGCAGUGUUGGGAUAAGACGCCGGCGGAGCGACCUACGUUCGCUGCGAUAAAGGAAUUCCUCUCCGCAACACCUCCACCGAUAUACCGGGCGGUGAUGAACUACAAGGCUGAUAGUCGACUAACGGUGGAGCAAGGCGAUUGCAUAUGCGUAAUCGAUGAUCGGCCAGAGUUGCAGUUCGUGAAAGGACAAAAUCAGCGCACAUUCGAAAUUGGGAUUUUUCCGCGUAAUGUUGCAAUCGAUUCUUCGAAGCAUCGUGGAGCAUCUGGUACAAUCAGUCGCCCGCUGCACGACUCUUUCCGGCACACGGCCCAUGGAGCUGCCUUUGGAGCUUGCUGGGGUAAUCCCAGCACACUGGAAAUGAACGGAGAUGUUAAGUUGCGAGCAAGUAAAAAUAACACCCUGAAUACCGACCGUCGCGGCAAGUGCAUCUCCGAACAGUUCGCCAAAGAACGCAAAAGCAACGCUCAGAAACAGUUUUCCUACAACAAACUGGUCAACGAAAACCAUCAAAAACUAAACCGACAGCAGCAACAGCAACAACAGUUGGUCAAAGACAGCAAAAAUCGACCUCUUCGGCCGCCUCAACCACACAACCUGCCUCAGGGAUCGUCAUCUGCGGAAGGAAUUCUGAUCGAUCUAUCGUCGCCGGGUGAAGAUGCGGGAAGUGUUGCAAGUCUACCGGUCACCACGACCGGUGCCGUCAGUCGACAGUUCACCAGCAUUUUAGAUGAACCCAUAGAUGUUCCGACGGAGGGUGAUCAACAGCAGCAUCAGCAACAGGAGCUGCCCGAACAGAAUCCGUCCCUGCAAUAUCCGGCGGUGGCUCAAGUGCAAGAAGAAUUGCAGAUCCAACCAGUUCGGUUGCAACCUCCGCCGUAUCAGAUGCCUCCAAAAUAUACCAAUACGAUGUCGUUCAACGACGAGGUCAGUCUCGAACCGGAUCCUUUCGAUACGAGACCUUUCACCAUGGAAAGUCAGGUUGCUUCAAAUGCAACGUCCGACUACGAGAGCGGCCCAUCAAGUGGUGUGAGUUCUAGGGAGUUGAUGGCUUCAAUUAAGAGGCAGCAAACAUUGGAUGUUGCGGAACCAAGCAUGCCGACGACUUCCGUAGCCGUUUAUGGUAACGUGAAUAGAGGAGCCAUUUCGAAAAUUGACUCAAACUAUGGAAAAGUCACUGAUUUUAGUGAGCUUUCCAGUUCCUUGAUGGCAAGUAUGAAUUCUUCGGCGCUAAACACUUCCGGCAGUAGUUCUUACGGAAGUGCUCAGGGAUUGAACGACUCGAUGGACGUCAACCUGAGUGGACUCACGUUGGAUACGUCCGAUACGAGUGUACUGAAUUUGACCCCGAAAAAGCUCGACAAGACAUUCCUGGCGGAACUGGAGAAGGACAUCUACAAGAACGAUACCAACAGCAGCGUGAACCAUUCCCAGGCGUAUGUUGCCAAAUCAAAUACCAAGGACGGUUCUGUCAAUCAACUUUCUAGUCUUAUGAGUUCGCUGUCCAAGUAUGAAAGUAGUGCAGCGAUCUACGCAAACGGUGGCCAGGUUAUGGGUGCAGGCGCCAGCAAAAACUUGAACGCAAACUUGCAUCAAAUUUAUGCGAACAACUCUGCAGUCGCGGCGUCUGAAAGCUUCCAGCGAAAGAACUAUGAAAGCACACAAAGCAUGCUCUCGCCGAAGAAGCAGAAUAACGCGCAAUCAACGGACACCAGCAACGUGGUAACUCAAAUGUGGAUGGAGCGUAACGCGGCCACCUCGCUCAGCAGCAACGAACUGACCUAUGGAAACGUCCCCAAUCAGACAUCCCAAAAAUCACACAAUUAUGUGGCCGUUUCCAACCGGCCACUCUCUCGUAUCCAGAACGAUACCCGGUUGUACGGGUCCAGUCCCAAUGUCAAUUCCAUCAACCUUAUUGCUCAACAGCUACAACAGCAAUCUGCCACAGGUCCUCAACCGGCCGUUCCCUUGCAGAACAUCUAUAACAGUGUCUACAAUGGAAACGACGUCUAUUCCACCAUAGGGAGCGACAUAUACGACACGGUCGCUGCCACCCCUGCAUCGUACUACGAACGAAUCCCUUCGCAGUCCCAGCAACCGCAACAACUCUACAACAUCGUCAACAACAGUCAAUUACAACAACAACAACCUGUGAUCUAUGACGAGGUAUCGAACGACGACCUGCUGAGGCCGAUCCGGGCUGCACCGGCGGCGCCACUUUCCGCCCAGCAGAUCCAGCGGCGGCUGGAUCGGUUGGCUCAACAGGAGCAACAGGUGGCUGCCUUGAUGGCCGAGCUCGGUGAGGAAGCGAACGAAGAAGAGGCUAGGGAUUCGCUGGCGGCGGUGAACUGGGAUCACACGCUGGCGGUGCGGCACUUCAAAAUCGAGCGGUUGUGUCGGCUUGGCGUGGCCAACCGAACUAAGUGCGAGGAGGCACUGCUGAAAACGGGCUGGAGUGUGCAGCUGGCCGCAUCGAUACUGCUGGAGACUUAAUCGCUUCCGCCUGCCUGUCUGCCAGUCACACGGUGUUUUAUGGCGCGUCGUGCUUUCGAUGUAUGUAGCUUCUUUUUAUAGGUAAGAAUCAUCUUUAAGUUUUACACAACGAACACUGAAACCGUCGUCGUCGUCGGUGGGAAACCACUGGCGGCGGCCCAUCGACCCAAUCCGUUGAGUAUUACAAUCCAGCACUGUUUACUACUUGGCAAAUGUAUAGAUAUUUAUAUUGACAUAGUAUUCCAAGGAUUUGAAUAAUCUGUUAUCACUGUACAAAUAAUCGUAAUCUCCAGAUCGUGAAGCAAUCUUCCGAAUGAAUAGUUCUAUAGUUUUCGAUAAGUUCAUUGCACGAUAUUAAUAAAAGAUUGAUAUCGUUAAUUGCUCCAGUGAAACCCUGAAACAGGAAUCUCCAUUAAAAUGAACUCAAAACAAUUCUCAAGCUCUCUCUCACACCCUUCUCAUCAACUUAUGCAUACUUCAGUAAGAAUGCACAUAAUAACGACUUAUUAAUUGAAAUGCUAACCGACACCCGCCACUUCUUUUGAAGAGGCGCAUUCAGGUAUUUAUAACCCUCAAAACAAACGAUCAGGCAGAGCAAACGAACUCACUUUUCUCAUCAAUCAUCAUUGUCCGUCUGUGGUGGGAAUGAGCUGCUCAAAACGCAGAAGAAAAAAAGAUAUGAAGUAUCAGGCACCCUCAAAAGGGAGAUAACGAUUUGGAAGAGCUUUUAAUCUUUAUUGACCGCGAUUUAAAACAAAAUUAGCUAGGUCUGCUGCAUAUGGUUUCCAAUGCGUUCGUUGUUGGCAAUGAAGGAAAUUGUUGUUGAUUCCAGUUACGGUGGUGCAAACCAAAUUAGAACAGUUAGAACCAGGAAAGGUUUUUAAUUGAAGACCGCUACACACACAAAGUAUGCCUCUACCUAAUAGUAGUCCACUUAAAACGUUUAAAAGUCCACUUGUUGUAUUGAAUGGGAACAAGCUGAGCGGUAGCUUCCCAUCAUCGUAUCGCAAGUAUCAUUCAUUGAAUAGAACGAUCAUCGGAUCAGAUGUAUGCCAAAAUGAAGUGAUCAAAAUCUCCUUGAAACAUGAUUGAUUAGCGGAAUGAGAACUAAAGAAAAAAGCCGGUUGACCGGAAAUAGUCUAUUUACAUGUUACGAAGUAAAUGCUCCGAAAUACAUAGCAAAAAUACAAGAAUAUUUUAUAACUGA